GAAAAAUUAGGAUCUGCUCCUGGACCAAAGAGCGUGGGGUAGCAGUACGACCAACUACACAUCCAGUAUCAGCAGCACUACCAGUACCCUGUCAGGUCCUGAACUGCACUCAGGAUGAAAUCUGUGGGACAGUAAAUGGAGUUUAUGGCUGUGUCUGUGGAACCAAUAAUUCAAGGCCCAACCCAAAUAUUUAUGAUGCCAUUGAAACAUGUUCAGCAAGUACUGGAACACUGUCUCUGUCUCGCUGUCAACUCUUUGAAGCUGGAUAUUCUGAAGAUGUACUUCACCUUAAUAACCAAAGUUGCAAAGGGAAGGUCAAAAAUGACAGACUGGUGUUCGACUUUGACACAAAUAGCAACAUGUGUGGCUCAACUCUAGAGAAAAACAGCACACACAUCACCUUCAGAAAUAAUGUUGGGACGACUGAUGGGAUGGGUGUGAUUAGCCACGUCAGUGGGCUCAACAUCGCCUUUUCCUGUGUGUACCCACUCAUGCAGAGAAUCUCCUUGUCCCUAGGUAUUGAAGAAAGUGUAAUCAGCAAGGAACUGUCUUCUGUGGGCUUUUAUCAAAUCAGCAUGAUUCCAUAUAUUGAUUCUCAUUUCCUGCAUCCAUACUCUGGCAAUGUGACCCUGGAAGUGAACCAGCUGAUGUAUAUAUUUAUGGAAGUAAAUCAGUUUAACAACAAUCAGACAAUCAACAACAGUCAGAUCGCUCUUGUGCUGGACAACUGCUGGGCCACCCCCAUCGAUCAGAUUGACUCCAACAUCCGCUGGAACUUGAUCAUUAAUAGUUGCCCGAACCCUGCUGAUGGCACAGUGGCGGUGUUGCAGAACGGUGUCUCCACAUCCAGUCGCUUCUCAUUCAGAAUGUUUACAUUCACUGGCUUGUCCAACAUCAUCUACCUGCACUGCCAGGUCCAUCUCUGUCUGCGGGACUCAGAAAACUGCACACUGCCCUGCAUUUGAUGACCUUAAAGAAGACAGUGUGAUGUAGAUUUCCAUGACUUGCCUGCCAGGGCCAUGGGUUUCUGAUUUCUCUGCUUGAAACUUAAAGUGCUACGAUCUUUAUUGUGUAUAUAUAAUCAUAGUUUGAACUAUGAAUUGAAUAGUUGUAACAUAUAACUUUUUUUCAUUCUUCUCCGAAAAUAUUUUUCAGGUGUCGUGAUUAUUAUGGAAUAAAUGUUGCUUAAACAAUAAACAAAUGUUGCGUGAAACAA